AUGCUGGCUUCGAUGCAGCUUUCCUUGCUUACUGGCUUCUUGCUACCAACCUGCUUGGUUGGAGCGGUUUCGCAGCAGGAUGUGCAGCAAGCUGUCGACAGGCUCGAUGAUCUCAUUCAGUCUGUGCUCAAUGACACAGAGGUCCCCAGUAUCGCCGCUGCGGUCGUCUACAAUGACUCUAUCAUUUACGCCAACGCCUUCGGAGUGCGGGAAGUGGGAAGUAACGAGUCAGCGACACCAGAGACCGUGUAUCAAUUGGCAUCUCUCUCAAAACCAAUCAGCUCGACCAUAGUCGCACAGCUUGUUAGCAAUGGCUAUCUUGACUGGUCGUCUAAAACCAAUGAGCUUGACUCGACGAUCGAGCUCUCAGACCCCUGGAUCACACGGGAGGUCACUAUCGAGGACCUCUUUUCUCAUCGCAGUGGGUUGUUUGGUGGCGCCGGCGACGAUCUAGAAUCAUUCAACUACAACCGCUCGGAGAUUUUGUCAAGGAUGAAGUACCUGCAACCGACAGGCUCUUUCAGGAUUACAUAUCAAUAUAGCAACUACGGCAUCACCAUGGGCGCUGUUGCAGCCGCUGCCGCUGCAGGGCUUUCUUGGGAGGAAGCUGCAUCCCGUUUCUACGAACGUUGCAACAUGACAUCUACCACCUCAGAAAACGAUGAGUUUCGGGGAGAGUCCGACCGUGCAUCGCUGCACGUCCGUGCUGGGAAUGGAACCAACUUCAGCGCGCCAUACAUCGUCGCUCCUGAGCGCAAUCCCGAUCCUCAAGCUCCCGCAGGUGGUGUAGCAGCCAAUGUAAUCGACCUCGCACAAUGGCUGCGGCUUCAACUCGGCAAUGGAACGUGGAACGGCGAAGAGAUCGUGUCUUCCGAGGCUUUGUUGUACACUCACCAACCACAGAUCAACCGCGGUCUCGAUCCUGCGUCGAAUCGAACAGCAUUCUACGGCUUGGGCUGGAAUAUCGACUAUCAACCCUCUGGUCGCGUCUUUAUCGGACACGCUGGUGCAUUCACGUCUGGCACGCGGUCGUAUGUGAGACUGAAUAUCGCGGAUGGUAUUGGAAUAGUUGUGUUGAGUAAUUGCUGGCCGACAGGUACACCAGAUGGGAUUGCGUAUACUUUCAUGGACUGGGUAUAUCAAGGAGACCAGAGCGAGACCACGGACUGGGUAUCCUUCUGGGACGAUCUCUACGAGCAACUCAAUGAGGCAUUUGUAACGAUGGAUCCCGGCUUUGCUGUCACGCCGGUGCAUGGUUCUGCGCCAUUGAAAGGGUCUGAUGUGUACGCUGGGACGUACAGCAACGACUAUGUGGGAAUUGUACAGGUUAAGGGAACAGACAAUCAAAACCUAACCAUGGAAAUUGGUGGUAGAUCGCUGCUGCUGACGCAUUGGGACCGAGAUGUCUUCAUCAUGAGACCCGCAGCUGAGCAUCCAGAACACCCUACAACCGUCACAUUCAGUGUUGGUCCUGGCGGUCAAGCUCAACAAGUGCUUAUUGAUGUACUUAAUGGAGAUGGAGGUGGUGUUUUGAGUAGAAAGACAAAGGAUUAGUCGUAGUCACACUUUGGUCGGCAUCAUCACUAUUUAAGAAAACUCAUUGUACUGCC